UCGAGACCAGGAAGUGCUCGUGGAAGCGCCUCGAUUUUCUAUAAACAGCUUUUCCUACAGCAGGAUCGAUAUCGGCGCGGAGCUGCACCCCGAUGCGCGGUUUAGAGGCGAGAGGCUUUAACGGAGGCGGACAUGCGGCUGUUAAUGUCGGUGUUAAUGAGAAGAGUGUAAAAGCGCGCUGUGUUUCUCGGCUUCCGGUCAGCAAUGUUGCUGAAAUCAGUGAAGAGGAAAUGAGCGCUUUAUAACCGACCCGCAGCGCGGACUGGGAUCCACUGGGAUCCACUGGGAUCUACUGGGAUCCACUCUGAUCCACUCUACUGCUUAUUCUCUUUAUGCCACAUGUGUUAUAGUGUGUUAGGAUGAACACAGAGGAAGUGGAGCUGCUCAGUGACUCUAAAUACAGGAACUACGUGGCGGCGGUGGAUAAAGCACUGAAGAACUUUGAGUACUCCAGCGAAUGGGCCGAUCUCAUCUCAGCUCUCGGAAAACUCAACAAGGUACUGCAGAACAAUGCCAAGUACCAGGUCGUGCCCAAGAAGCUGACGAUUGGGAAGCGUUUGGCUCAGUGUCUUCACCCGGCGCUGCCCAGCGGAGUUCACCGCAAAGCGCUAGAGACGUACGAGAUCAUCUUCAAGAUCAUCGGACCCAAACGCCUCGCCAAGGACCUGUUCCUGUACAGCUCUGGACUUUUCCCCCUGCUGUCUAACGCCUCCAUGUCGGUGAAGCCCGUGCUGUUGGGUCUGUACGAGACGUUUUAUCUGCCUCUGGGGAAAACGCUGAAGCCGGGACUGCAGGGACUCCUGACUGGUGUACUGCCCGGCCUCGAGGAGGGCUCCGACUACCACGACAGGACAAAUGCGCUGUUGGAGAAGGUGGCGUCGGCUGUGGAGCAGUCGGUGUUCUAUAGCGCCCUCUGGGGGAGCAUCCUGACCAGCGCACCAGUGAGACUGCCGGCCAUCAGCUUCGUCCUCCUGCACCUCAACCGCAAACUGUCCAUGGAGGAUCAGCUGUACAUCAUCGGCAGCGACAUCGAGCUCAUGGUGGAGGCGGUCAGUACGUCUGUUCAGGACUCCAGUGUGUUGGUUCAGAGGAGUACACUCGAUCUCAUCCUCUUCUGCUUCCCCUUCCACAUGAGUCAGGCCACGCGUCCUGAUAUGAUCCGGAUCCUCUCUGCAGCGCUGCACGUCGUCCUGAGGAGAGACAUGUCACUGAACCGCCGACUGUACGCAUGGCUACUGGGUUCUGACAAUAACGGUGUGAAAACAGGUCCUCGGAACAGCCGCCUGAGUAACCCAGAGGAACACGCAACACACUACUUCAACACCUACUCUAAAGACCUGCUGGUGCAGGCCAUGGUUGGGAUUCUGCAGGGAAAAGCUCGAGGUGGUGAGGAGGAGAGCGCGCUGAUGCACGACCUGAAACCUUUCCGCAUCCUCAUCAGUCUGCUGGACAAACCUGAGCUGGGUCCCGCCAUCCUGGAGGACGUUCUGAUCGAAGUGUUCAGGACUUUACACACCCAGUGCCGAGCCGAACUGGACCUGCAGAACCAGAACCCCUUCAGCAAAGACCACACGCAACUCAGCAGUAAACUCAGAGAGAAUAAGCGGACGGCGGAGCUGAUUAAAACCGCAAACCUCUUAUUCAACUCCUUUGAGCCGUACUACAUGUGGGAUUACAUCGCUCGCUGGUUCGAGGACAGCUGCAGACGAACUCAGAGUGGAUCGGCCGCUUCGCUCCUGUCGCUGUUCGAGUUCUGUCAGCUCGUCGACUUCCUGUUGGACAUCGUGUCUCUGCCCACUAGAAGUAUGCGAGUGAUCUGCCAGGAGACGUAUAUAGAGAUCCAGACAGAACACUUGCCCCAGUUGUUGUUGAGGAUGGUGUCGGCCAUCACUCUGCAGCUCGGUGCUCUCAGUCUGUCGGAGCUCACACACUGUCUGCGCCUCUGCUCCAAAAUCCUCAGCAAAGUCCAGCCACCACUCGUCUCCCCACUCAUCCUCCCAUCCAGCAGCUCCGCCCGAGAGCAGGACACACGCCAGGCUGCCCCGUCGUCUCUGGAUGUCCCGGUGAGUGAGGAUGUGUUUGAGGACAGGGAAGGUCCCUCGGUCGUUCGUUCUCCUGAGAGCAGCUUUACAGAUUUUGUUCAGUAUGAGGAGGCGGAGUCUGAUGACCACGCCCCUCUCCGGUCCAAUCCCACACUCCAGCCCGGUUCUGCUGCAGCCUCUAAAGCUCAGGGUGCUCCAGUGAUGCAGCGCUGCCUCGAGCACUUCCAGCACUUCCUGUGCAGACUGGUGGAGCUCUACAUCGCACCGGGUCACACGGGGGGCGGGGCUAACCAGGGGGAGGCGGAGUUAACAGAGAGUCUGUGUGUGUUUGAUCAGAAGGAGUGUGUGUCUGCGUUCACGGCUGCGUGUCAGCUCUUCCUGGAGUGUUCCAGUUUCCCCGUGUACGUCGCCGAGGGAAACCUCAAAUCUCCCACCAGAGACGAGCACGAAGACAGCGGCGGUGUGACUCCGCCUCCUCAGUGGCUCCAGGCUCUGAUGAACGCCUGUUUCUCUGAGCUGGACUUCAGCGUCCGCGCCGUCGCCGUCUCCCUCCUCAUGGACCUGGUGGGUCUGACUCAGUCCGUUGCCAUGGUGACAGCAGAACGGGUGGGCGUGGCCGACUCCUCCCAGCCGAUGAGCCCGAGCCAGGGCCGUGUUGCCGUGGUGAUCAGGCCGCCGCUCACGCAGGGGAUGUUAAAGCACAUCGCCGACAACACCGACUUUUUCAAGAGCGUGGCGGUGUUGUUGUGGGAUCAGUUGGGUGAAGCAACUCCUCAGCAUCAUCAGCGCAGUGUGGAACUUUUCUAUCAGCUACACAACCUCGUUCCCUCCUCCAGCAUCUGUGAGGACGUCAUCAGCAACCAGCUCAUGCAUCGAGACAAAAGGAUCCGUUUGGAGGCUCAUGUGAAAUUCUCAGUCUUGUGGCAUCUAACACGAGACCUGAACAUCACCAAGUCUUCACCUUUCAGCCGCACCUUUGACAGGUCUCUCUUCAUCAUGUUGGACAGUCUGAGUUUCUGGGACGGUUCGGUGAGUGCUGUGGGGCGGGCGUGGCUCAAUCAAGUUCUCCAGAGACACGACAUCGCCCGAGUUCUUGAGCCGCUUCUUCUGCUGCUGCUGCAUCCAAAAACACACCGUGUGUCCAUCCAGCGUGUGCAGGCUCAGCGCCACUGGACCUGGGCCUUUCCCGAAGCUCCAGCACCAGAACCGGGAUCAGAGCCACAUGAAGUUGGAUGCUUGGAGGACGCAGGCUGCUCUGACCAUUACUGUAUGUCUCAGGAUAACCUGAAGGGCCAAGUCCUUCCUCUGGAUGAUAUGGAGCCCUUCAGCCUAACGGUGAACCCUUUAAGUGACAGUCUGUCACUUCUGAGCCUCAGCAUCGAAAACGUACAUCUUUGUGCUGAAUAUCAACCUCCGGACCAGCAGGGGGAGCCGCCGAGCUCAGAGUCAACUGGCUCCCAGUUCUCCACUGUGGACAACGGCAGCUUGAGUGAGCUGGAAGGAAGUGGUAGUACUGUUAACACGUGUGAUCAGGCAACACUAGAGGCAGAAUUAGAGGAAGAGUCCAUAAACAUGGCCGUUUCUGUGAUUCUUGCUGAACUAGUGGACAGGGUGGUGCAAAUGGUGGAAGACAGUUCAGUUGAGACACCUUCACCUCCAGAAGGUUGGUCUCGAACUGACUCGGACAGUUCCAACACCUCAGAAGCAUCUACUGAACCCCAGGUCAACAUGGGCCCGUUUCCUGGCAACCAGUUUCGAACACUUCCUGAAUUGGUGGCUGGUGGCACGCUGGAAUUUCUCACAGUUCCUUCAUCAGGUGAUGAACCUCAUGAAGGAAUAACAAGACACAGUUCCUCACCUUCCAUCGUCACGCUUCCAGAUAGCAGUGGAAACGGUACUCCAGAGUUAAGCUUGCACCCAGAUGACCCUCGGUCCCGAAAACGCAGCCACAGCAGUACUCAGCUUAGCCUCAAGGGUAAAAUCAUGGAGCGUCUCACUGACAAAUCUCCUGGAGCCAAGCCCAAGGUGAAGAAAAACAAGAAGAAAGAGGAGGAACGUCGAAAGUCAAACCAGGCAGAUAAGAAUCGUCCCCCCAGCAUCUUCUUUGGCGACAGCUUGGACUUGGAGAAUUGGUACAGCUGCGGUGAAGGUGAGGUUUCUGAGAUUGAGAGUGAUAUCGGAUCUCCUAGUGGCGGCGCCGGUGGAGUCCCGGGCUCGUCCCGAUCUUCUACAUGUCCUAGUCGCUUUAACAUCCACCCCCUUUACCAGCACAUCUUGCUGUACCUGCAAAUCUACGAUUCCUCUCGGGCUCUUCAUGCUCUUUCUGCCAUAGCUGCCAUGUUGCGCACGGCUCCUGCUGGCUUUGUCAGCGCCAUCUCAACCACCAGCAUUAACAACACCUACACACCUCAGCUCUCGCUUCUUCAGAACCUUCUAGCCCGUCAUCGCGUUUCCGUCAUGGGAAAAGAUUUUUAUUGCCCCAUUCCGCAGGAUUCGCAUUCACAUUCCUUCCGUAGCGCCAUGUACCUGGAGAUCAUCAUCUCGCUGUGCCUCUACUUCUUGAGGAGCUAUUAUUCAUCACAUGUUCCAGCGGCACCGCAGGACCUGGCGGGGAACCGCGCCAUGCAGCUGACCAGCGUUGAAGUCUUGACGCUGCUCUUCAGCGAGCUUGCCAAGGUGACUGGCGGCUCAGCUAAAGGGUUCGCCAGCUUCAUCAGCGACGUCCUGUCCAAGUGCAAGGUACAGAAAGUGGCACUGCACUGCCUGCUCUCGUCCAUCUUUAGCGCUCAGAAGUGGCACGAGCAGCGCAUGCGUGGAACCAACCUGCCUGCCGUCGAGGAGGGACUAUCCGAGGACAGCGUCAUCAACUUGUCCGAGGAACAGCUGGACGGAUGCAGUGGCGUACAGUCGCAACUCCUUCGCCUCCUUCAGAGCCUCGUUGUACUCGAGCAUCACGUCCUGGUCCCUGGAGACGAAAGUGGAGAGGCUGGACCAGGAACAGGGAAUUCAGGAAGUGCUGGUGGAGCCGUGGCUGGUUGUGGUGGUUUUGAGAUUCUGGGUGGAGAAGUGGAACACGUGAAUCCUCAACAGCCAAUGGCGUCACUGCAGUACCUGCACGGGCAGCCAAUUACAGCGCAGGGUAUGUUUUUAUGUGCGGUGAUACGGGCGCUUCACCAGCACCACGCGUGUAAGAUGCACCCGCAGUGGAUCGGCCUCGUCACGGCCACGCUGCCCUACAUGGGUCGGGUUCUGCGUCGCGUGGUGGCUUCAGUGACACUGCAGCUCUGCAGGAACCUGGACAACUUGAUCCAGCAGUACCGCUAUGAGACCGGAAUCACAGACACCAGGCCCCAGUGGAUGGCGCUGUGUAUUCCUCCUGAUCUGAUCCUCACAGUGCUGGAGGGAGUCACAGCCAUCAUUCAUUACUGCCUGCUCGACCCGUCGUCUCAGUACCACCAGCUCCAGGUGAGUGUGGAUCAGAAGCACCUAGCUGAGGCGCGCUCAGGUAUCCUGUCGAUCCUCCACACCAUCAUGUCCUCAGUCACACUGCUCUGGAGUGCACUUUACCUGGCUGACAGCUCAGAACGUCCCAGCGGCGCCACCUGCAGCUCCAACAUCAACCUGGGGUCCACUAAGAAUCUUCGUCAGCAGAUCCUCGAGCUGCUCGGCCCGAUCUCGAUGAACCACGGAGCUCACUUCAUGGCCGCCAUCGCUUACGUCUGGAACGAACGAAAACAGACCAAAACUCCUGCCAGGAACAAGGUAAUUCCGACCGCGAGUGAUGAACAGCUCCUCCUGGUGGAUUUGGUGAGGAGUGUUAACGCCAUGCGCACUGAAACCGUCAUGCAGACAGUGAAGGAGGUUCUCAAACAGCCGCCAGCCAUCGCUAAGGAGAAGAAACAUCUCUCUCUUGAAGUCUGUAUGCUUCAGUUUUUUUACGCUUAUGUUCAGAGGAUUCCAGUGUGCAGUUUAGUCGACAGUUGGCCUUCACUGCUCUCACUGCUGAAAGACUCGGUGCAGCUCGGUCUUCCUGCUCCGGGACAGUUCCUCAUCCUCGGAGUUUUGAAUGAAUUUAUCCUAAAAAAUCCGACUCUGGAGAGUAAGAAGGACCAGCGCGAGCUGCAGGACGUGACCCAUAAGAUCGUGGAGGCCAUCGGGACGAUCGCAGGUUCCUCUCUGGAACAAACGACGUGGUUGAGAAGGAACCUGGAGGUGAAACCGUCUCCUCAGAUCGUAGUAGAUGGAGCAGGGUUGGAGUCGGACGUGGAGGAUCUAAUGCUCACAGUGAUGGAGGCGUCCAGUUUCACUCCAUCAGUCUACAGUGUUCACGCCCUCACACUGCUAGCGGAGGUGUUGGCUCACCUGUUGGACAUGGUGUUCUACAGUGAUGAGAAGGAGAGGGUGAUCCCCCUGUUGGUCAACAUCAUGCACUACGUUGUGCCAUAUUUACGCAACCACAGUGCCCACAAUGCUCCGAGUUACCGGGCGUGUAUUCAGCUCCUGAGCAGUCUGAGUGGAUAUCAGUACACACGGCGGGCGUGGAAGAAAGAAGCCUUCGACCUGUUCAUGGAUCACACCUUCUUCCAGAUGGACGCGUCGUGUGUGAGCUACUGGAGAGCCAUCAUAGACCACCUGAUGACCCAUGAUAAGACCACUUUCAGAGAUCUGAUGACGCGUGUAGCUGUAGCUCAGAACAGCUCUCUGAAUCUCUUCACUAAUCGGGAUGCGGAGCUGGAGCAGAGAGCCAUGCUCCUCAAACGCCUCGCCUUCACCAUCUACAGCAGCGAAGUGGACCAGUACCAAAAGUACCUCCCAGAUAUACAGGAGCGGUUGGUGGAGAGUCUGCGUCUCCCUCAGGUACCGAUCCUGCAUGCUCAGGUGUUCCUGUUCUUCAGAGUUCUGCUGCUGCGCAUGUCUCCUCAACAUCUCACCUCACUGUGGCCCACCAUGAUCACUGAGCUGGUUCAGGUGUUUUUACUGAUGGAGCAGGAGCUCACUGCAGACGAGGACAUCACCAGGACGUCGGGUCCCUCGGUCGCAGGACUGGAGACAACGUACUCGGGAGGAAACGGAUUUUCGACGUCCUACAACAGCCAGCGCUGGCUCAACCUCUACCUGUCUGCCUGCAAACUGCUGGAUCUGGCGCUCACUCUGCCCUCCGAGAGUCUCCCGCAGUUCCAGAUGUAUCGCUGGGCGUUCAUCCCCGAGUCCUCGGAUGAUUCCGGUCUGGAGGUGCGCAGACAGGGCACACACCAGAGAGAGUUUAAACCCUACGUAGUGCGACUGGCAAAGCUGCUGAGGAAAAGAGCGAAGAAAAGCGCAGAAGAAGACGUCUCGGGCCGGACGUUAGCGUGGGAGCCUGGACGCUUGACCCUGACGCUGUUCGGGAUCCGCAGCAUCGAGCAGCUCCUGCCCUUCUUCACCGCGCUCAGUCAGGUGUUCAGCAGCAAAUCAGGCAUCAGGUCAGCGUCAUUCCACAGCAGCGCCCCGCCCAGCGACGCUCCGAACGCCCCGAAAAACACCAAACACGAGAGCCAGAAAAUGUUCUGGAGCCGAGCCAGACACGACAUCGAGGAGAUGGUGGAGAAAGACUUCCUGGAAGGGCUCAUAAAAACAUGAUCGAACCCGGAACACAUAAAUGUAAAUAAUGGUUGAACUGUGGGAAACACUAACACCUCAACUUUUAGAUUAAAUCAAAAAGGAUUUAAGUAUUAAACAAGAGAACUUUGUAUAUGGGUUUUUUCUUUUUCUAUUUAUAAUUAAUGUUUUUUCCAAAUUAUUAUUUAAUUUAAAGUCUUUUAUCUGUGGAGGGUGGCCGUGAUUGCACUCGUUACUUUAAACCCUCUGAAUAAUGUGAAGAUUCUGUCAUUCCAUGUUGUGGUGAAAAUAAAGAGACAUAUCGUUAAAAAAAUACUGCUAAAAACUGCUAAAAAAUAACGUUAAAAAGUAACGGCUCGUAGCAAAGCUCAGGCUAAAUCAGGAUUAUUUAACAAACUGGACUUGCACUAAUGACUUCACUUUUCCACACAUCUGUAGAUCUUCUUUAACCAGAGCUGUGUCUCAGAUCACACACGUCUGUACUAGAUGGGAUUUUCAGAUGGUUUUUAAUCUUAAACCACAGGUAGGGUUAGGGUUAGGGGUCAGGGUUAGGGUUAGGGGUCAGGGUUAGGGUUAGUGGUUGGGGUUAGGGUUAGUGGUUGGGGUUAGGGAUCAGGCUUAGGCUUAGGGUCAGGGUUCAGGUUAGGGUUAGUGUUAGGGGUCAGGGUCAGUGUUAGGUGUCAGGGUUAGGGUCAGGGUCAGGGGUUAGGAUGAUCCUGUUAGCAAACACUGUUGGUUAAAUUAGCAUCAGCUCUGUUGUUUAUAUCACAUUCAUUUUAACAUUAGAUACAAAAUGUUAAAUUGAAUCCUCUCCAUAAUGAUCCCAUGUACGAGUCUGUUCCAUUCUGAUCUUCUACAUUACUUCUCUACACAGCACAUGUGUGUAGUCAGAUAUUGUGAUUUGAGACACAGCUGAUGAAAUGCGAUGCUGCCUGCAUGGCCCUCAGACUGAGCAACGCUGCCGUUAAACACCACUGACCUGCUGAAAUAAACCAGAACUUUGAUUAUG